AUGGCAUGCCACACGACCUGCUUCAUGCGCAACCAUUUUAUAAUGACGGUCUCCUCGACGACUGAGCCCCGGCCCGCUCUGCGUCUGCUCACAACUAACCGCGUCGCUGCAACAGUCCGCCUGCACACGCACAUGUGGGCUAGAAGUUUAGCGCGCUCGCUGUUCCACUGGUACAAGUGCGUCCUGCUGAAGGGAUGCACUUUGGGGCAGUUUGAGGAGGCUUCACGCUUUCCUUUCCACCUCCAGCCGCUGUUUUGUUGA